AUGAAAUUGAAGAUCUCCGCACGCCCACCAGAUUCUUGUAAUCCGCUCACCGUGCUUGACCAUGUCUGGAUUGACACAUGUUGCAUAGACAAGCGUAGCAGUACGGAGCUAUCAGAGUCAAUCAAUGCGAUGUUCACGUUCUACAAGCGUGCGGAGCUGUGUCUUAUCUACCUUGCCGACAUCGCAGCAGGCUUAAAUAAUGACUUGACGCCCUCCACCUGGUUCACGCGUGGUUGGACUUUGCAGGAGAUGCUUGCACCAAAGCGUUCGAUAUUCUGCAACCGAGACUGGAAGUUCAUUGGUCACAAUGCGGACUACAUUAAUCACUCGCGAAUUAUCCGCUUCGGUCCGUCGUCCUCGGAAUCUGCGGCCAUGGUAUUCAGUUGGGCAGCAGACCGCGAGACCAGUCGUGAGGAAGACGUGGCGUACUGCCUGCUUGGUAUCCUAGACAUCAACAUGCCGUUGCUGUACGGCGAAGGUGGCCAUGCAUUCCGCCGGCUGCAGAUGGAGGUGUUGAGCGAGCAUGGCGAUGAUACCGUCUUC